AUGCACAGCGCCAAAUACGCAACUUCGAGGCGGAUUCAAAAUGCAAAGCAGUCGGAAAGGUUGAUUCAGAAGUCGGAUGCUUCAGAAGUGAGACGAAGCGACGAGGUGAUGUUUCUGCAGAGCGAUGGCUUCUUCGAGACUCAUGCGCCAAAGCUGCUUCAGCGCUUGAGCUGCCUUGCAAGGUCUGUGGCGCUCCAAGAAGGAUGGCUCUCCAAGUCCCAAGCAGAGCGUUUGCAGGCGCGCGUUGUCGAAUGGCACUGCCAGGAGUCACCAGGCCCUGGCAUUCCCGAUCCGCGGCACUAUGAUAUGGACAGCCUCGUCACAGUGGAUGUCAUGUGCUCGGAGCCUGGCUUGGACUUCCGGGGUGGUGAGCUGCGCACUCUGGAGCUGGACGGCCGGCUGAAGGACCACUCCUUUGGACUUUGCGAUAUCUUGGUCUUCCAGGCCCACAAGUACCACUGUGUGGCUCCGGUGGUGGAAGGCUGCCGCAAAGCCCUGGUGCUGGAGUUCUGGGAUGGCCCAGCAAGGCGAUGCCGGCACAGGUGCACAAGCUUCGAACCAGAUUGCCCUAUGAGGAGCCCGGAGUCGCCACCAAGAAAGCUCUUGGAAGGUUGCUGCCCUUCCGCCUUGCGGCUAGCAGACGUGAUCAGCGCAGCAUGA